AUGCCAUCAGCUAAACCAGAAGAGAGGGGCGAGUCCUCAACGUCCAUCUCCAAGGCAGCAACCUCGGUUUCAACAAGCUCCUCCCCCACCUACGAGCUACCAUGGGUAGAAAAGUACAGACCGGUCUUCCUCGACGAUGUGGUCGGCAACACAGAAACGAUCGAGCGACUCAAGAUCAUCGCCAAGGAGGGCAACAUGCCCCACGUCAUCAUAUCCGGCAUGCCUGGUAUCGGCAAGACCACGAGUGUGUUGUGUCUGGCGAGACAAUUACUAGGUGAUGCGUACAAGGAGGCAGUGUUGGAGUUGAACGCCAGUGACGAGCGAGGCAUCGAAGUAGUCCGCCAGCGCAUCAAAGGCUUCGCCCAAAAGAAAGUCACCCUCCCUCCGGGCCGCCACAAGAUCGUGAUCCUCGACGAAGCCGACAGCAUGACCUCUGGCGCGCAACAGGCGCUGCGCCGCACGAUGGAGAUCUACUCCAACACGACGCGCUUCGCCUUCGCGUGCAACCAAUCCAACAAGAUCAUCGAGCCGCUGCAGUCGCGCUGCGCGAUCCUGCGCUACGCCAAGCUGACGGACGCGCAAGUCGUCAAGCGGCUUUUGCAAAUCAUCGAGGCCGAGAAAGUCGAGUACUCGGACGACGGGCUGGCGGCGCUGGUGUUCAGCGCCGAGGGAGACAUGCGGCAGGCGAUCAACAACUUGCAAUCGACGCACGCGGGCUUCGGGUUCGUGUCGGGGGAUAACGUGUUCAAGGUGGUGGAUAGUCCGCACCCGAUCAAGGUGCAGGCCAUGCUCAAGGCGUGCUACGAGGGGAACGUGGACGCAGCGCUGGAUGGCCUCAGGGAGCUGUGGAACUUGGGGUACUCGAGUCAUGAUAUUAUUAGUACCAUGUUCAAGGUCACCAAGACGAUUCCGACGCUGAGCGAGCACGCCAAGCUGGAGUUUAUCAAGGAGAUUGGGUUCACGCAUAUGAAGAUUCUGGAGGGCGUGCAGACGCUAUUGCAGCUGAGCGGGUGCGUGGCGAGGUUGUGUAAGUUGAAUAUGGAUCCGAAGAAGUUUGUGGCGCCGAAGAAGUGA